GUCUUGACGACAACAUGGCUACCCAGGCUCAGGAUGGCCCUGAUAGCACAUUCCUCUUUCACCAACUCGACGCAUACCCGUGGAGCGAAGACCAAGAGUUUCAAGGCGGUCUCAGAGCCAUUCUAGGCUCGGUCCAGGAUCCUCGGCAAGUCGAGCAUUUGACACUGCGAGCGAGGUGCUACUACUACGCGAGAAAGGCUGGAACGCCCGUGGACUUCGACGGCUACAAGCAGUGGGUGGAGUCACGGAAUAGCCAGCCGGCACUGAGCAAUGGCGGACAGUCAGCAGCAACACAAAGUCAACCGACAGAUGGCGGCAUGGGAGACGCGCCGAAACCUGCCAGCUUUGCGGAGAUUUGCGACUUGAUCGCUGAAGGCAAGCCAAUACCCGGCAUCAAGGACAUUCCGGAUACGAUUCUUGAAGGACAAGCUUCGGAGGCACAGGCGGAGAAGAGGAAGAAACCGUGGGAGAAGCCUGCCGCCGACGCUGAGGAUAAACCGAGCUGGAUGACUUGA